GUGCGCGGGCGGGGAACGCGGCUGGGGACCAUGGCCUGCUAGUGUCCCCUGGGAAGACGCUGCGGGGUUCAGUCUGGGGCAGGACAGGGCUAGGGACGGAAGGUCCUUCCCUCGGGGACAGAUCGGCCUGCAGCAGCAUGAAAAAGAACCAGACCAUGCAGGGCACUUUCAGCAAACUCUUUGGGAAGAAGCACGCCCACCCCUCCACCACGUCCCUCUACGCCACCAAUCCACCCUGGAUUUUCACCCACGAGGCCCAAGAGGAGGGAACCAGGGACUUUGAUGGGAUCUAUUAUGGAGACAAUCGGUUCAACACUGUGAGCGAAUCGGGAACAGCCACGCUGAAAGCCCGGCCCCGAGUCCGGCCCCUGCUGACUUUCAUUCCUCUGAACGCCCAGGAGAACCAUGGGCUGGCUGUGCCCACCCCGUCUGUCCCAGAAGAUUUUGCAGACAAAGAAGUGGGAGGUACCAGCACACUAGUGAAUGGCAACCUCCGACUGUACAGCUCUGUGGGAGACCUGAGGCCGGCAUGCUACGAUCUGGACUCAUCCAUUCCCCCACCUCCCCCAGGCCCAGCCCCGGGGCCACCGCAGGACAUUUCACAGCCUCCAGGGGAGUCCCCUCCACCACCCCCUCCUUCUGUUCCUCCUCCUCCUCCCCCUCCCCUGCUGGUGGAACCCCCACCCCCACCCAGCACAGCCCCCCCUCCACCCCCACCAUUAGACAUCUUAUCCCCACCAUCCACACCCACCCCUCCUGACUUCAUCCCCCCUGCCCCACCGUCAGCUUUUCUAAGCCCCCCUCCACCCUCUUUGCCAGCCCCAGGACCCCCAGCUCCAGUCUCUCUGCACACAACUGGAACUCAUCUCUUCCCACCUGGGGCUAUUACCAAGUGGAAAUCAGAAGUAGCGCUCAAUGGCAGGCACCCAGAGGACUCCAGAACCAGUCCCCCCAAAAGCCCUGCUGAACUAAAGAGGAGCCCCCUAGGGCCUAGCCCAGAGCCCCACCUCACCUUCCCCAGGUCACCGAAGGUGCCUCCCCCAACCCCAGUCAGGACCUCAUCUAUCCCCGUUCAGGAAGCACCCUGCGCUUCUCCAGAGGAGGAGGAAGCCACCCAGAAGACCUCCGCCCCCAGCCCGCUGCCUCCCAGCUUCAACGUCCGCCCUGCAUCUCAGGUUUACCCAGACAGGGCCCUGGAGCCAGAGCAGCCCAGAGAGCCCAGGCCUGAGACACCAGGCAGCCCAAGGCUCAGGCAGUCUGAACCCCAGACAAAUGGACAAGCUGGAGCCCCGCCCCCAGCCCCGCCCCCAGCCCCUCCCUUGCCUCCACCGGCUCCCCCACUCCCUCCACCAGCACCCUCCCUGCCCCCAGCUGCUCCUCCUCUGCCCUCUACUGAGCUGGCAGCCCCUCCAUCUUCUGGAUUUAUGAAGACCUCCAAAUCCAACUCACCUGCUCUCAAACCCAAGCCCAAACCCCCCAGUGUGGAGGACACAGCCUCGUCAGAACCCGUUGACUGGAGAGACCCCCGGCAGAUGGAGAAGCUUCGAAGUGAGCUGUCAGCCUAUCUCUGUGGGACCAGGAAAGAGGAUCGGUCACUCAGCCACCGGCCAGUCCCAACUGUGGCCUUGAAGGACAAGGAGAACAAUAAGGGCACCAGCCUGUCAGAGGAGGCAGCUCCUACCAGCCUGCCUGAGAAGGUACACCCCUGCAUUCCUGAGAAGAGCCCCUCCAGCAGCAGCCUGCCAGAGAGAGAAGCCACCAGCAGCCUGGUCCUACCCCCUGUGGAUUACAUCCCCCAGGAUACUCCAGCCCCCAGUGUCAGGCAGAUCCGGAAUGAGCUAGAGGCUCGGUUUGCCUCCUCAGCUGAGAAAGAAGCCAAGCCCAGCUUAGCAUCUCUGCCCCCCAAGCCCAGGCUGGAAGGGGGAAGAACCUUUGAAAAUGGGACUGAUAAUGGCAGAUUCCAUAAGCCUGCCACCAAGAAUCCACCCCAGCCAUCUACCACCCCUCUGCCCACCACAGUACUCCAGUCCAAAGUUGUACCUGGUCCAGCAACAUCACCCAAGGUCACACCUGGGCCAGCCACACCGUUCAAGCCUACACCAGGGCAGGCCAUACUACCUAAGGCCACACCUGGCCUAACCUUACCACUCAAGCCUACACCUGAGCAGACCACAUCGCCCAAGAACACUCCUGGGCAGGCCACACCACCCAAGGACACACCUGGGCAGGCCAUAACACCCAAGGACACACCUGGGCAGGACACACCACCCAAGGACACAUCCGAGCAAGCAACGGUACUCAAGAAUGCACCUGAGCUGUCCACCCCAUCAUCUCAACUGAUGGCAGAGAAGGACCUUGCCUCUGUGAGGCAGAGAGAAAAGCCAGAAUCUCAAGAAAACCCAGUGGCUACCCAACUGUCCACAAAUGGCACCCUCUCUCCUCCAGCUCUCCCACCAAAGAUGUCUACCGGUGGAGAAGAGGCACCAUUUCUCUACAGACCCCAUCGCAGCCAGAAUAGCCACAGCCGAGGGGUUGCUGUAGUGACUCCCACUCGGGCCAGAGGGGAGGCUACAGACUCAGGGGAUGUAGUGGAUGAAAAGGAGCUACAAAACCAUCCGGCCAAAUCUCUCACAUCAGGCCAGCCAGCUGAUCAACUCCUCAGACACCCGGUGACUGGGGAAGUGGUGGAGCAGGGCUCCCCAAUGGCCCUGCUCCUUGCAGCCAGACAGAGGGCACAGAAGACUAGGACUGGAGGGACUGCGAUUGGACGGUCCUCUUUGCCAGGGAGUCUCCGUGACCAUAGCAACCAACCAGAGGCCAGCUCUGAUAGCAUCUUUUACAGAGGUAGCCGGCCCAAUUCCUUCAUUGUGGUCCCUAAGGUGCCCAGUGAGACAGAGGACUCCCAUCUGACCUCAGCACGGCCCACGGGGCCCAGUCAUUGGAAGCCCCAGCAGGGACCAGACACACAAGGCUCAGAGCCUACCUACAGGCAUGGGUGGACCAAGGCUGAAACCCCAGCCCCUGUGGCCCGGGAAAGACCAGCUCCCUCAAACUUACCCCAGGGCCGCGCCCUUCCCAAGUCUUUCUCUUCCCCGCCCUCUCCUUCCUACAAGAGGGAAGAAGAGGAGGAGGAGUUCAGCUUUGAUAUCAUUCCUCCGCCGCCAGAGUUCAGCAACGAUCCUGAGCCUCCGGCCCCUGGGCAGCAGCAUCAGGGUCGUCGCGGGUCCCCACCCAGGAACAACUUCUCUGACUUGGGGCAGUCCUGGGGCCCCAAUCCGACUCCUGGCUUCUCGCGCUUCCGGGGGACUCAAUACCCGGAGUCCGGGGGCCUAGAUCGCUUCUCAGGCAGCGGACGAUCGCUCAUCAAGAAACGCCUGUAUGUCGGGGAGUCCCAUCGCAACCCCGGGAUGCCCCGUGGCUCUACUGGCCGCAGCCUGAGCUCCCCUAACUGCUUCGGACCUCAGCCAGGAGGACCUGAGAUGCGACGGGUCAACUCUGCGGGCCGCGCAGCCCCCGGAGGUCUGCACGCAAGGAGGCUGUCGCUGGAGGGCGCCCGAGGUGCCACCGAGGUCAAGUUCAAGGCGCCCGGUGGUGGCGGUGGUAGUAGCAGCAAAGCUGGGGACUAUGGCUUUGUCCCUGCCAAAGGCAGCAGGUCGCCUCACGGCAACACCCACUAUGGAAGCCCCAUCAAUACAUUCACCGUGAGGCCUGGGACCCGCCAUCCCAUCUCCUAUGCCUACCCUGGGACCCAUCGGAAAGCCACUUCCUGAGCCAUGCGGUUCAGUCAGCUGACUUCUAGGGGUUGGAUCUGGGCAGUUGUUUUGCAGGGGUGGGGGUGGGAGGUCGCACAAGGUAUUAUAGGUCCUGGCUCAGACACAGCUGAGAGCCUUUGUUCUGGAAGGCAGACAGAUGGAUGUAGCAGAGGACUGUGGACGACAGAAAGGUGUCUUUGAAAGCACCAAGGGACAGCUUGGCUGGGGACUGCUGGCGGGUGGGGGUGGGGGUGGGGGAGCUUGGUGGGCCCUGUUUCUGCUAUCUGGUGCUGUCUGUGUUAGCAAGGAGGAUUGAAACCCAUGGAGGUGACAGCUUGCCUGUCAGAGCCUCACAAAGGAUGGUGUUGGCUGUCUUUAACCUCUGCCUGUUACACUGGACAGGUAAUGGCUGGCCUUCCUAGCCACUUGGAGAUGAGUUCAGACCAUUUGCACAACACAGGGCUCUGCCUCAGGAGCCUUAUGUACCUGCCAGGGCCAAGCAGGGCCAUUACCCCAUGGCACUUACUCACGAGGAAGCCUUGAGAAGUCUGGGUUGGGAGAUGGAGGAUGAAGGCUUGCUUUUCCAUUCAGGCCCAUGAAGUCCUGGUUCAAGGGAUUGGGCCCAAGGAACAUGGAGAUGGGUCUUGGAAGGUCAAGGUAGCCUGCUAGAGCCAGUUCAGAACAGGGGAGACUUGUCAAUAGGGUGACCAUUUGUCCUCUGCCUGGAUGGUCCAGGGUUAUAUCAGUGAACUGGAAUAUAUGUGUAUAUAUUCUAA